UCUGUGACUGGCUCAGCCUGGCUGGGCUAUGAUUUGCUGGUCUCUCUGGAAAUCUCCGAGACUUUCAGUGUCUCCAGCGGCUGCGAUUCGAUUUUUGCGAAUGGGAAGGAGAUGAAGAGCAAAGUGGACACGAUCGUGAACUUUACCCACCAGCACUUCACCUCGCAGUUAGAGGUCACCGUCUGGGCGCCCAGACUCCCCCUGCAGGUCGACAUCUCGGAUACGGAGCUGAGCCAGAUCAAAGGGUGGAGGAUCCCAGUGGCUUCCAACCGAAGGCCCGCCAGAGACAGCGAGGACGAAGACGACGAGGAAAGGAAGGGCAGAGGCUGCUCUCUGCAGCAUCAGCGCGCCCUCGUGCGCGUCCUCACCCAGUUCGUGGCCGAGUCACCCAACUCGGGUCAGCUGAGCUACAUGCUGGGCCCCGACUGGCAGUUUGACGUCACUGACCUCGUGAUGGAUUUCAUGAAGGUGGAAGAGCCGAGAAUUGCUCAGCUACAGGACGGCAGGACCCUGGUGGGCCGGGAGCCGGGCAUCACCACCGUGCAGGUCCUGUCGCCUCUCUCUGACUCCAUCCUGGCUGAGAAGACGGUGACCGUCCUGGAUGACCGUGUCACCAUCGUGGACCUGGGCGUGCAGUUGGUGGCCGGCUUGUCUCUUUUCCUGCAGCCUCACAGGUUGGACAAAAGAGCCAUCAUUUCAACAGCAGCUGCCCAGGAUGUUCUUCAAGCCCCACAGCAAGAAGCAAUAGUCAGUUCUUGGAUUCUGUUCAGUGACGGUUCGGUGACACCUUUAGACAUUUACGAUCCCAAGGAUUUUUCGGUCACUGUCUCAUCAUUGGAUGAAAUGGUGGUGUCUGUCCAGGCAAACCUUCAGUCCAAAUGGCCGGUUGUCGUUGCAGAGGGGGAAGGGCAAGGGCCCUUGAUUAAACUGGAAAUGAUGAUCAGUGAGCCCUGUCAGAAGACCAAGAGGAAGGGCGUUCUUGCCGUGGGUAAAGGGAACGUCAAGGUCAAAUUUGAAGCAAAUACUGGUGAGCACCAAGGAGGCACCAACGACGUUGAGGGCGGCAGUCGGGAAUAUAAAGACCACGUGAGGAACAGCAUAGGGCGCGAAGGAGGCCAGGAGAGGGCAGUGCAGCAGCGGUUCCAACAUGGCGCCCCUGCCGGCCACGGGGAAAGUACCAACCAAAGCACAACCCCGCAGUCUCCCAUGGAAGGAACGGAUAAGAAGCUGCUCAAGAGUGGUGGUCCAGACGCCUUUACAAGCUUCCCCACUCAAGGGAAGUUACCGGAACCCCAUAAUCCUAGUGACCUUACGGUGACCUCCAGGGGGUUGACCGACUUGGAGAUCGGCAUGUACGCCCUGCUCUGCGUCUUCUGCCUGGCCAUUUUGGUCUUCUUAAUUAACUGUGUGGCGUUUGCCUGGAAAUACAGGCACAAAAGAUUCGCCGUGAGCGAGCAAGGCGACAUCCCCCAUUCCCACGACUGGGUCUGGCUGGGGAACGACGUGGAGCUUUUGGAGAACCCGGUGGACGUGACCCUCCCGUCGGAGGACUGCACGACCAUGAUCGACAGGGGGCUGCAGUCCGAGGAGAGGAACUUCCUUCUGAACGGCGGUUCCCAGAAGACUUUCCCUAGUCAGCUGCUCAGACCUUCUGACUUUGUCUACGAGAAAGACGUGACAAACGAACCUCUGAGUUCGUCCGGCCCAAAGAGGAAGAGGGUCAAGUUUACGUCCUACACCACCAUCCUCCCGGAGGACGGCGGUCCGUACACCAGCUCCAUCCCGUUUGACAGUGAUGACAGCAUCCAGUGGGUGUGCCCAGACGUGGGGCUGGGGGCGUCCCAGGGCUUCCGAGAGUACAUGGAGAGGCUGCAGGACCGGAUGUAAAAUCCUUUCUCCUGUCUGUAUUUACCUUUAUGCCUUCUGCCUUUUGAAUGGUGGAGCCUGAGUCUGACCAGCAAUAGGGGAUGAGUUAACAAAGCUUCGUCUGUGG